AUUAUUUCAGGCAUCCAUGUCCCUAGCACCUGUGAACAUUUUCAAAGCUGGUGCUGAUGAAGAGAAAGCCGAGACAGCCCGACUGUCAUCUUUCGUUGGGGCUAUUGCCAUUGGAGACCUAGUUAAGAGCACUUUGGGGCCUAAAGGAAUGGACAAGAUUCUUCUCAGUACUGGGAGAGAUGGCACAGUGACAGUAACCAAUGAUGGCGCAACCAUCUUAAAAGCUAUUGGAGUUGACAACCCUGCUGCCAAGGUUUUGGUUGAUAUGUCCAAGGUUCAAGAUGAUGAAGUUGGUGAUGGGACUACUUCGGUAACUGUUCUAGCUGCUGAACUACUGAGGGAGGCAGAAUUACUGGUUGCAAGAAAGAUUCAUCCUCAAACCAUCAUUGCUGGUUGGAGAGAAGCCACAAAAGCAGCAAGAGAAGCCUUGGUGAAAUCUGCAGUGGAUCAUGGUGCUAACGAAGUCCAGUUUCAUAAGGAUCUAAUGAACAUCGCAGAAACAACACUGUCUUCAAAACUACUUACUCAUCAUAAAGAACAUUUUGCAAAACUUGCAGUGGAUGCUGUCCUUAGACUGAAGGGAUCUGGGAACCUGGAAGCUAUUCAUGUCAUCAGGAAGCUAGGAGGAAGCAUGAUAGACUCUUAUUUGGAUGAAGGUUUUCUGUUGGAUAAAAAAAUUGGAGUAAACCAGCCAAAAAGAAUUGAAAAUGCAAAGAUACUUAUUGCAAAUACUGGCAUGGAUACUGAUAAAAUUAAGAUAUUUGGCUCCCGUGUACGAGUGGAUUCUACAGCAAAGGUGGCAGAAAUAGAACAAGCUGAAAAAGAGAAAAUGAAGGAGAAGGUUGAACGUAUUCUGAAACAUGGAAUAAAUUGUUUUAUUAACAGGCAGUUGAUCUAUAACUACCCAGAACAGUUGUUUGCCGCUGCGGGUGUUAUGGCUAUUGAACAUGCAGAUUUUGCUGGAGUUGAACGCUUGGCUCUUGUUACAGGUGGUGAAAUUGCUUCAACUUUUGAUCACCCAGAGCUAGUGAAGCUAGGGACCUGCAGUCUUAUUGAAGAAGUCAUGAUUGGUGAAGACAAACUUAUUCAUUUCUCUGGAGUUGCUAUGGGUGAAGCUUGUACCAUAGUUCUGCGUGGUGCUACUCAACAGAUCAUAGAUGAAGCAGAAAGAUCUUUACAUGAUGCGCUCUGUGUUCUUGCCCAGACUGUAAAAGAUACUAGAACAGUAUAUGGUGGAGGCUGCUCUGAGAUGUUAAUGGCUAAUGCUGUCACAGAGCUAGCAAACAGAACACCAGGCAAAGAGUCUGUUGCAAUGGAGUCUUUUGCUAAGGCCCUGAGAAUGCUCCCAACCAUCAUAGCCGAUAACGCUGGCUAUGACAGUGCAGAUCUAGUUGCCCAGCUGCGAGCUGCUCACAUCGAAGGGAAAAAUACCUAUGGACUUGACAUGAAGGAGGGUACCAUUGGAGACAUGGGAAGUCUGGGAGUAAUUGAAAGCUUCCAAGUGAAGCGACAAGUGCUGCUGAGUGCCGCAGAAGCAGCGGAAGUGAUUCUCCGUGUGGAUGACAUCAUCAAAGCAGCUCCAAGGAAACGAGUACCAGACCGUUACCCAUGUUAAGUAUUCUGCAGUCAGUAAGACCAUGUGGACCACAACAUUACACAGUACUU